AUGACGACGACGCUGCCGGAGAAGGCGACGGAACAGGAGACAGAGCAGGAGGCCCGGGAGAGGGCGGCCAAGGCUCUGGAGGAUCAGCGGGAGCGUAAGAUCUACGAAAACUUUGCCACACCGCUGGCAGGCACCUUCCUCAAUCUGCCCCGCGAAGCUGUGGAGAUCAAGUGCCCCGCCUGCGGCAUCAAGGAUCUGAGUGUGGUCCAGAACGAUCUCAAGUGGUGGGCCAGUGAAAUCAAUCGCAUUGUGGGCUGUCUUUUUGUGACCUGUUGCUGCUGCUGCUGCUUCAAUUACUAUGUGCCCUGCAAGCAAACGGACAGGAGUCACUAUUGCGGCAACUGCGGCUGCUACUUUGGACGCUCCAUGAAGCGACGGGCACCCCUUAAAUUAAAGGCAACCACCGACUAAUUUUCACAUUUUUCACAUAUUUUCAAAAAACCAGCCAGGAAAACACCCACCCACAGCGACACCAUAUGAGACGAAAAUAAAACCAAAAUAAAACAGAAA